GAGAUGGAUGCGUCCUCUUUCGAAUCUGGUGUGGGAGGAAGGGGCAGGUCAAUGCUCCGGCCCGGGUCUAAGAGGCUGAUCCGCCUCUGGCACAGCCUAAGCAAGGGUUACAGAGACUAGGCUCCUACCCGUCAGAGUAGUGCAGGGGCCUCUAGUCGAGUGCCCUCUGGAGGCACGUGACUGGGAAGGUGCUUCCCUCAUCUCUCCCCGAACGAGGUGUUCCUUUCCCGACCCCAGAACUGGCGGUGUCCCUGUCUCGCGGGCGUGAGGUGCCAGCGGAUCCGCCCUGGGAUUCAUGGAGGCGCAGGUCCGCCUGGGCCGGAAACGCCCGCUGCCUGUUUGUCCCAAUCCGCUCUUUGUGCGCUGGCUGAUCGAGUGGAGGGACGAGGCAGCCAGCAGGGGGCGCCGCACGCGUUUCGUGUUUCAGAAGGCACUGCGCUCCCUCCGACGGUAUCCGCUGCCCCUGCACAGCGGGAAAGAAGCUAAGAUCCUCCAGCACUUUGGAGACGGGCUCUGCCGAAUGCUGGAUGAACGACUACAACAGCACAGAGCCUCAAGUGGUGAUCAUGCCCCUGGCUCACCAUCUGGAGAGAAGAGCCCAGCCCAGGACUCUCCCAUGCCAGUUUCUGCCCAGCCCCAAACAGGAGGCUCUAGUGGCUAUUGGCCGGCUCGAAACUCAGGAGCCCGAGUGGUCCUGCUGCAGCUCUACUGGCAGCACCUGGAUUCUGAUGGUCACAGCUUCCUAACCAAGGAGGAGCUGCUACAGAGGUGUGCCAAGAAGGACCCCAGGAUAGCCCCUAGGAGUUCUCGACCCUGGCCAGCCCUUCGUUCUCUCCUGCACAGGAACCUGGUCCUCAGGACACACCAGCCAGCCAGGUACUCACUGACUCCAGAGGGCCUGGAGCUGGCCCAGAAGUUGGCUGAGUCAGAAGGUCUGAGCUUGCUGAAUGUGGGCACUGGGCCCGAGGAGCCAGCACUGCCAGGAGCAGCCUUGGCUGAGCUUGGCGCCAGUGAAGGGGGUGUCCAGCAGCCACCUCUGGAGCUGGGGCCUGCAGAGUACAGGGUGCUGUUGUGUGUAGACAUUGGAGAGACCAGGGGGGCAGGACACAGGCCAGAGAUGCUCCGAGAGCUACAGCGGCUACAUGUGAACCACGUGGUGCGCAAGCUACACAUUGGGGACUUUGUGUGGGUUGCACAGGAGACCAGGCCCAGAGACCCAGCAAGACCUGCAGAGUUAGUACUGGACCACAUUGUGGAGCGCAAGCGGUUGGAUGACCUAUGUAGCAGCAUCAUCGACGGCCGCUUCCGGGAACAGAAGGUCCCUUCAGUGUUCCGGCUGAAGCGCUGUGGUCUGGGGCGCCAGGUGUACCUGGUGGAAGAACAUGGCUCAAUCCACAACCUUAGCCUCCCCGAGAGCACACUGCUACAGGCUGUCACCAACACCCAGGUCAUAGAUGGCUUCUUUGUGAAGCGCACAGCAGACAUUAAGGAGUCUGCUGCCUACUUAGCCCUUCUGACACGGGGCCUGGAGAGACUUUACCAGGGCCACACCCUACACAGCCGCCCCUGGGGGACACCAGGGGACCCUGAAUCAGAAACCAGGCCCUCCCCAAACCCUCUCUGCUCACUGCUCACCUUCAGUGACUUCAACUCUGGAGCCAUGAAGAACAAGGCCCAGUCUGUGCGAGAGGUAUUUGCCCGGCAGCUGAUGCAGGUGGGUGGAGUGAGUGGGGAGAAGGCAGCAGCCCUGGUGGAUCGAUACAGCACCCCCGCCAGAUGGUCAGCCAUUGUUUUCCCACUCCCAGCCUCCUGGCUGCUUAUGAUGCCUGUGCCACCCCCAAGGAACAGGAGAUGCUGCUGAGUACCAUCAAGUGUGGGCGUCUGCAGAGGAAUCUGGGGCCAGUUCUAAGCAGGACCUUGUCCCAGCUCUACUGCAGCUACAACCCCCUGACCUGAGCUAUACUACAAAACAGAUCCCAUCCCUCCUAACACCCCCACCCAGGCUAGCCAGCUUUUUAACCAGGACCUUUUGGACUACAAUAAAAAAUCUAAAUGCUUGCAGCCUUCUGUGUUAUGGAAGGGAUGCCAGGCUUCAAGCCCUUAUGAAAUGUGUCUGUACAGGGAGACAAGACCAUAUGGUCUCUAGUGUUUUUGUUUGCUUGCAGUACUGGAGAUUGAUUCCAGGGUCUCAUGUGUGCUAGGCAAGUGCUUUACUACUAAACUGUACCCCCAGCCUGUCCAAACAGUGUGAUGGUACACACUUGUAAUCCCAGUGCUCAGGAGGCUGAGGCAGGAAGAUUUCCAUGAACUGAGGGCCA